CUCUCUGUUGUCACCUCUCGUCUGACACAACUCACUCACUGCUGCUCCACAUUUCUCAACAAUUUUCUUCAAGAAUCUCCUAAAUAAGAAAUCCCCCCGUUUCAUCAAUUCGGUGACGCGCAUGCUGAAGGGGCGAGGCUUCGGAAGGUGAGGACUAGCGAGGAGCUUUAAUACGAGGCCCAAAAGAAAGUAGUUAACAACGUCUUGGGCGUUUCGGUGUUCCUUUUAAUGGGAGUUGGCCGUGUAGAGCCAUACGUUGCCGUCCACUUUAUUUAUAUCGUCUUGUUCUUGAAAAGCUUUGGAAGAAGCUGACGUGAAGAGGCGAAGGCUAUAGUCGGGACUCUUUAAAUGCAACAACCCCCAAAUCCAUCCCCAAUGGGACCACCUCAGCAAGGAGGACAUGGAGGAGGUCCACCAGCAAUGCAUCAUCCACCUCAGCAACAUUACCCUCCACCUCCUCCACAUAUGAAUGCUUACGGCGGUGGUCCAGUUCAACCGAUACAUGGUCAAGGUCCGCCUGGACAUCAUUAUCCGCAACAAAUGCCUCCUGGACAGCAACAAGGGCAUGGUCCUCCAAUGCAACAGCCGAUUCCGCCAAGUCAAGGGCCCCAAAUGGGUGGACCAGGCAUGAUGUCUGGAAGUCCUCAUCAGAUGGGACCUCCUGGAGGAAUGCCUAUUGAUCCUAAUGCUCAGCAGCGAGGGCAGCAACCAGGAGGAGUAUAUGCCCCCGGACCCGGUCCAGGAAUGCCUUCAGAUGGAAAACCUCAAAUAUUUAAUACGCCACAAAUUCAGCAGUUGAAAGCUCAGAUUAUGGCUUAUAGAUGUCUAGCAAGAACACAGUCGUUGCUCCCUGGUUUAGUGGCUGCUGUGCAUGGUCGAAGACCAGACCCAGCUUCACAAACCCCUCCUUCUCCACAAAUUCCAUCACCUCGACCUGGAAUGCCGCAACAAGUUCUUCGACCACCACAUCCUCCUCAACAAACUUCACAGCAACCAGUUCCAUCAUCCAUGCCACCCACUAUGAAUGGACCAACAAUGCUCCCUCCCAGAGACGUUCCUGUUCCAGCGACUACUGUUCAAACCCCGUUACCGCCUGGCCCACAGCCACAAGUGUCUGGACCGGUUCAUCAUCAGCAGCAGGUUCAGCAAUCUCAGACACAACCUCCUAAUCAACCUCCUAAUCAAAAACAAGCAAAAGUUACAACCAUUGACAAGCCAGAGGGAAUUGAUCCUGUAGCGAUGCUUGAUGAGAGAGAAAAUAAGCUUGCGAAUCGAAUAGUGUCGCGACUCCAGGAAUUAAGUGAAAGAGCCUGUGCCAUUCCUGAUGAUCUUCAAAUAAAAGCUCAGAUUGAGUUACGAGCACUGCGGCUAUUUAACUUUCAACGACAACUUCGACAGGAGAUUGUUGGAAAUAUGCGACGAGAUUCUUCUUUAGAAACCUCGUUUCAGAUCAAUGCGUAUAAACGAGUAAAACGCCAGGGGCUAAGGGAAGCAAGAAUUACUGAAAAAUUAGAAAAGCUUCAACGAAUUGAAAUUGAACGAUCAAAGAAGAAGGAACAUCAAGUAUUCUUAGCCGCUGUAAUUCAACAUGGCAAGGACAUGAAGGAGUAUCACAAAAAUAACAUUGCUAAAAUUCAACGAGUUAACAAAGCUGUCGGUUUAUAUCACGCCGACAAAGUUUCUAAACAAAAGAAGGAACAGGAGCGAAUAGAGAAAGAACGUAUGCGCCGUCUUAUGGCUGAAGAUGAAGAGGGAUACCGGAAACUCAUUGAUCAAAAAAAAGAUAAACGACUGGCAUUCCUUCUUAGUCAAACUGAUGAAUACAUUGCUAACCUCACAGAAAUGGUGAAACAACACAAAGCCGAACAGCGGAGGAAGAUGAGAGAACAGCGAAAAAAGAAGAAGGACAAAGUAAUUGUACCAGUUGAAGGUGGAGCUGAAGACGAAAAUUCGCAAAUGUCUGCAACCGAAAAACGCGUCAGUGUUGUAGAUAGAGGGACCGGAAAAGUAUUAUCUGGCGAAGAUGCCCCGACGUCUGGAGAACUUCAAAUAUGGUUGCAGUCUCAUCCAGGAUGGGAAGUUCAUGAAGAAUCUGACGAAUCUGGCGAGGGCGAAUCGGACGAUGAGAAUGGUCCACCUCUUCCAGUGACAAACGUGAAACCACCCGUUGUGAUCCUUCCUGAGAAGGAUCCGGAAGCAAUUGGAGAGGAAGUUGCAAAGGAAGUUAUCCAGCAAGCUAAAGCUAAAGUUGAAGAUGAUGAAUACAAGCAACAAGGAGAACAAAAUUAUUACACAAUUGCUCACACUAUUCAUGAGCCGGUUACCGAGCAAGCCAAUAUGUUGGUGAAUGGAAACCUGAAAGAAUACCAGAUAAAAGGUUUGGAAUGGCUUGUUUCGCUGUACAACAAUAACCUCAACGGUAUUUUAGCCGACGAAAUGGGGCUGGGCAAAACGAUUCAGACCAUAGGCUUGUGCACGUAUCUCAUGGAACGCAAAAGGAAUCUUGGACCAUUUUUAAUCAUUGUUCCUCUCUCAACUCUCUCUAAUUGGGUAUUGGAGUUUGAGAAGUGGGCACCAACGGUUCAAGUGGUAGCUUACAAAGGGUCCCCUCUACUACGGCGACAAAUUCAAACUCAGAUGAAAGCUACGAGGUUUAACGUUCUCCUAACCACAUACGAAUAUAUCAUUAAGGAUAAAGGAAUUUUGUCUAAAAUUCGUUGGAAAUACAUGAUUAUUGAUGAAGGCCAUCGAAUGAAGAAUCAUCACUGUAAAUUGACUCAAAUUUUGAACACUUACUAUAUUUCUGCUCAUCGUCUUCUUUUAACUGGGACACCACUGCAAAACAAAUUGCCUGAAUUAUGGGCUUUAUUGAAUUUCUUACUACCCUCAAUUUUCAAGUCAUCUUCAACCUUCGAGCAGUGGUUCAACGCUCCAUUUGCAACAACGGGAGAGAAAGUUGAGCUAAACGAGGAAGAAACCAUUCUCAUUAUUCGUCGUCUACAUAAAGUUCUUCGACCCUUUUUGCUACGUCGACUCAAGAAGGAAGUAGAAUCUCAAUUGCCGAGCAAGGUUGAGUACAUUAUCAAGUGUGAAAUGUCAGCUCUCCAGCGUGUUCUUUAUCGGCACAUGCAGAGUAAAGGUGUGAUGUUAACGGAUGGGUCUGAAAAGGGGAAGAAUGGGAAAGGCAGUGCUAAAGCUUUGAUGAACACAAUUGUCCAGCUAAGAAAGUUGUGCAAUCAUCCUUUCAUGUUCAGUCAUAUUGAGGACAAUUACAUAGACCAACCAACAUACGCGGAGGAACUCUUUAGAGCGUCAGGAAAAUUUGAAUUGUUGGAUCGGCUCUUGCCAAAACUACAAGAGAGCGGCCAUCGUGUCCUCCUUUUCUGUCAGAUGACGCAGUUGAUGAGCAUUAUGGAGGACUACUUCAAAUUUCGAGAGUGGAAAUACCUUCGAUUAGAUGGUGGAACAAAGUCUGAAGAUCGAGGGGACUUGCUAAAGAAAUUCAAUGCUCCUAAUUCCGAUAUUUUCAUAUUCAUUCUAAGCACACGGGCUGGUGGUUUAGGUCUUAAUUUACAAACGGCCGACACUGUAAUUAUAUUCGACUCGGAUUGGAACCCUCAUCAGGACUUGCAAGCACAAGAUCGAGCUCAUCGAAUUGGUCAAAGAAAUGAAGUUCGAGUGUUGAGGCUCAUGACAGUAAAUUCUGUCGAAGAAAGAAUUUUAGCUGCCGCUCGUUAUAAAUUAAACAUGGAUGAAAAGGUUAUCCAAGCCGGAAUGUUUGACCAAAAGUCUACCGGCACAGAAAGAAAGCAAUUUUUGCAAAGUAUUCUUCAAAAUGAUGAUGGUGACGAUGAAGAAGAAAAUGAAGCUCCUGACGAUGAAACAAUUAACUUUAUGAUUUCAAGAGCACCAGAAGAACUUGAAUUAUUUACUAAAAUGGACGCUGAAAGAGAGAAAGAAGACCUCAAACGAGAAGAAUCCCGAAAGGGAAGGCUUAUGGAUGAAUCGGAAUUGCCAGAUUGGCUCCUACGAGAUGAUGACGAUGGCAUGUGGGAAGAUGAAGAGGAAGAUAUUUCACAGAAAAAACGACGACGCAAAGAAGUGGACUAUAGCGAUUCUUUGAACGAGAAAGAAUGGCUGAAAGUUAUUGGUGCAUCCUUAGAGGAAGAGAAUGAAGACGACGCAGAAAGCAUUGGGAAUGGAAGUGGAAAUGGUGGCAACGGUCGCAGUGGAAGGAGGAAGCGUGGAAAAUACAAGAAACGGGGAUACAUUGAAGAGGACAGUGAGGAUGAACCGCCCCGAAAGAGAGGAAGACCAAAGAUGAACCCGGAUCGAGAUAGUGGAAGCAGUUCAAAAGCCAACAUUUCUCCCAAAAUUAAAAAGCUUAUGAAGAAAAUUAUGAAUAUUGUUGUGGAUCAUGCCGAUAAUGAGGGACGCGUGCUGAGUGAUCCUUUUAUAAAACUACCGUCACGAAGGGAGUACCCUGAUUAUUACGAAUUAAUUAAGAAGCCCAUUGAUAUCAAAAAGAUUUUAACCAAAAUUGACAAUGGAAUUUAUGCUGACCUAGAUGAUCUAGAAAAGGAUUUUAUGCAGUUGUGUAAAAACGCACAAUUUUAUAAUGAAGACGCGAGUCUCAUCCAUCAAGACUCAAUAGUUUUACAGUCCAUAUUUUCCGAUACCCGACGAAAACUGGAGGCAAAAACUCUAGAAGAUAAGGAAAGAUCGGAGAAAGAACAAGAUCCUGAGCCAGAGGAGGCAGAAGGACAAGAUGGUGAAGAAGAUCAGGAAGAAGACAGUAGUCCUUAAUUACUAAAAAUUAGUAAUGUCUUCCGGCUUGAUUCAUAAGGGGCAACUUUAAUGUAGAUUUUUACUUUUUUUGUCAACCAGCACUGUUGAGUAAUCUAAUGUAAGUACGUCCAUGAAGCCAAGAAUUUUUAAUAGUAGAAAUGUAGUUGGAGGGGGGGGGGUACAUUUCGUUAAUUAUAAUAGUUGGACUUUCACCAUAAAUUGGAACGCCUUAAAAGUUUAAAUUAAAUGUGAUUUCAUUUUAAAAUCGGUGAAAUGAAGUGAUGAUGUUACUGGCAAAAGAUUGAGACUGUCUUAAAAAAUUCACAACUUUUACUAUUUAUGAAUGAGAGCUACACAUUUCCUUUAUUUGUUAAUUCUAUAUAACUGAAUAAAAAUAAAUGUAUUUAGUUUUACUCUA